UUUUUGUUAGGUACGUCAAUGUCAUGCCCACACAUCAGUGGUUUAGCUGGUCUUUUGAAAGCAGCUCACCCUGAGUGGAGUCCAAGUGCUAUCAAAUCAGCCCUCAUGACCACAGCUUACGUUCUUGACAACACCAACUCCCCACUCCAUGAUGCUGCAGACAACAGCCUCUCUAACCCACAUGCUCACGGCUCGGGACAUGUAGAUCCCCAAAAGGCUCUCUCACCGGGUCUUGUCUACGACAUCUCAACCGAGGAAUACAUCAGGUUCUUGUGCUCUCUAGAGUACACAGUAGAUCACAUUGUUGCGAUAGUGAAGCGACCAAGCGUCAACUGCUCGAAGAAGUUCUCAGAUCCUGGUCAGCUCAACUACCCAAGUUUCUCGGUUUUGUUUGGGGGUAAAAGAGUUGUGCGGUACACUAGGGAAGUAACAAAUGUUGGUGCAGCAAGCUCGGUUUACAAAGUGAUGGUUAAUGGGGCUCCUAGUGUUGGGAUCUCGGUUAAACCAUUAAAGCUUGCGUUUAAAAGGGUGGGAGAGAAGAAGAGGUACACAGUCACAUUUGUUAGCAAGAAGGGAGUGAGUAUGACGAACAAAGCUGAGUUCGGAUCCAUCACUUGGAUCAAUCCGCAGCACGAAGUAAGAAGUCCAGUUGCAUUCUCUUGGAACCGGUUUUGAAAGAAAACAACGAAACACAAAUCUAACAUCCCUAGUGAUGUUAUUCUAUUUUAAAGUUAAUUUCCUGUUGGGAUGAUUUCGGUAUCUAGAUGAUUGGGUUUAGGUUAAACAAAAACCCAUCCAGAGCCGUAAUGAUAAUCAUCACGUAGUGGGAAGUGUUCAUGUUUGGUUUUUGAGUCAUUGAGUGUGUAGGUGAAGAAGGCAUCCCAAAAAAAAAGUUCGGGAUGGUAGAAGAAAAAUGUUGUCAGGAAAAGAACGUUGAUGUCAUUUGUGUUGCUUCAACUUUUCCAUUUAACUAUUUUACUGAUGAAA